AUGUGCUUGCCGUACGUGGGUAAACUGUUUGGCGGCGGUCAUCGCCGGCGGAACAGUGCAAUUGAGUCGCCACGGUCCAGUCUUGCGCCGACACCGCAGCCAUCGAAUGUGACCAUUCAGACCACAAAUAACGCCAAUGCCAACACAAACACCGCAAUCGCCGCUUUGAAGAAGGACUCCAUAGUGCUGGUCAAUGCUGCAAGUGUGAAGGAUGCCACCGGCACGACUGUGGCCCAGGCAGCCAGCAGUCAAGUACGCCAAGCGACGGUUCGCGACUCGAAGCCAACAUCCUGGUUGGAGUUCCUUGGUAUAAAUAGGGGAAAGAAGGGCAGUGCUGAUUCGCUCUAG